AUGUCGCACGUUGAUAAGGUCAAGUGGACCGCUGCAGAUGCGGCUGGUCGAAGUAUAGCCUCGUCCGUAUCGGACUGCCUUCACUCGUUUGAAGAUUUUGUUUUCCAGAUCCGCCACACGGAUGCUGAAGCGUCAAACCUGAUUGAGGCUUCUGAGGUAAUAGAUGAGCUGGGCCGCUUCCGAGUUUGGGCUGGGAAUAUUGGCGCUCAUCGUAAAGGCCUACCCUCUUUGGAUUACCGCCUGCGGGAUGCAUCGCAUAUAAAGAGCAAAGUACAAUCACUUUUAUCUGACUUGGAUGAUGCGAUACAAAGGGCUCUGAAGAUUCUCCGUGGCGAGCGCGUACCAUGGGAUCAACGACGCCUUGAGGUCGAUUCGGAUACAGAUUCGACGGACAGCGAAGGCGAAACCCAUUCUUGGCAAGGAGAUACUGAGCUUCGUCAGCUCAUGUCCAGUAUCCAUGGGGUGACAACACUUUUGCUGCGCUUGUCCAUGGCCAUACGGAACCCAGCGCCGCAUGAUCAGUACAUGAUGUCAGCCGACAUUAAGAGGUCUCAUUUUGAGCAGUUUGACAAAAGUCAUGUGCGCAACAAAUUUCCAGAAGCGUCGGAAUAUCUCGUUGCCACGCUCGGCGAGGCCAUCUCUCGAAGGCGCGAGUACUUCAAGUACCGUGAAUCACACAACCAAAAACUUUCAGAGGGUCUCUCUCUAAGUUUACGUACGGCCAACUUCAACGAUGAUUCCGAAACAAUAGCUGCUCAAAGUACCGCAGCAUCUUCACUUCCUCAGCAUGUCAAAGAAAAAGGCUUUCCUCUCGACCUAGACGAUCACCAAUCAGAAUCUGGUCAGACCCAAACGUCGUUCGCCACCUCUGCAGCAGGUGAGGAAGGCCUAAAAGUUCCACCAAUCCCAAAAGAAGCUCAAAACGGCAACCCUUUCCAGUGCCCGUUUUGUUUCACGAUCAUAUCUGUCAGCACGGAUAGGUCUUGGAACAUGUCUUCAGAGACCUUCAUCCGUACUCGUCACGAGCUCCACGUCCACCGCAAGUUUUGGGAGUGCAUUCGAGACUGCCAGAAGCAAUUCCUCUCCCAAACUGACUUCGAAGAGCACAUCCAGCAGCGUCAUCCUGAACUCAAAAGCCCAGAUAAGUUGGGGCCUCUAUCAGCUCUGUGUGAAAGACUCCCGAGCCCGGACUCCGAAGCGUGUUGUAAACUAUGUGGAAAAGAUGGUCUCACACUUCAAGAACUUGAGAAGCACGUCGGGAAACAUCAAGAGCAGAUUGCCCUGUUUGCAUUGCCUCCAACAUAUGACGAAGAAGGAGAAGAGUCGGACAACCUGGAUACCGACACUGAAGAAUCCCUAGGAAAUAGCCAAUCCAACUAUGGUGGCUCAGAUGGAAUGGUUGAGGACAUGGCCAACCUUUCUCUCACACCGGGGCCCAGCGCAGCGAAUGUCACAUAUCAGCAGCUGCCUGAAGAGUUGGAGGGGGAGAGACCGCAAGGCACCUACGCCGACGAUACAAGAGCUGUGGAGGAGGAUCAAGACCACUCGACCGAAAACCAGGACUUAUCUUCGGAUGCAGUAAAUAUAGAAAUACCGCAAUCAUACAACGACUUUGAGGAUGAGCCUGCCUUUCAUGUCAAUGCGGUGAAGGACCAUUCAUGCUAUCGCUUUACGCAUCUUGCAUAA